GUGACGAGACGCGAGACGGGGACGACAUGGAAGUGAAGGACGCCAAUUCUGCCCUGCUGAGCAACUACGAGGUGUUCCAGUUACUGACGGAUCUGAAAGAGCAGCGCAAAGAAAGUGGAAAGAAUAAGCACAGCUCCGGGCAGCAGAACCUGAAUACCAUCACCUAUGAAACAUUAAAGUAUAUAUCGAAAACGCCGUGCAGACAUCAGAGUCCCGAGAUUGUCAGAGAAUUUCUCACAGCGAUGAAAAGCCACAACUUGACCAAAGCUGAAAAGCUGAAGCUGUUGAACCACAGGCCUAUGACUGCUGUUGAGAUUCAGCUGAUAGUGGAGGAGAGCGAGGAGCGGCUCACGGAGGAGCAGAUCGAGGCCCUGCUGCACACCGACACCAGCAUCCUGCCUGCUGACCCGGAACCUGAGCCUGAGCCUGAGGGCACUGCUGCCUCGGCCAUGGAACAGGAGGGCCCAGCCUAGCCCAGGGCACCGGCCACCGCCAAGAAGCGCCACUCCCGGGCACCGAGAGGGCUGUGAUUGGGUUUCACUCACCACUCCAGCGGGCCUGAUUCUUUUGAUUACUGGGUGGAACACGAAAAUUCACCUAUCUCCAAAAGAUAGGCUAAGACUGAAGACUUGUGCCUCAGGGAGAAGACAGGCUGAGGUGGUCUGGGCAAGGGGCUGGGGAGAGGAGAGAGUCUGGGAUGACAGUGACCUCGCCCUUUCUGUGCUUGGAAUACUUCCUGCCCGGCCGUGGUGGCCCUGCAGGAGGUCCUGACACAGCUGCUCGCAGACUCAUGUUUCCAUGCUGAGCCCUGGUAAUUGGUUCCAUGUGCUGACCGAGGUCCGU